GUAUCCCUCGCCCGGGUUUGUUGAGCAAGGAAGCGUCAUUGCGUGAGUUCACCGGUAGACUUUUAGAAACACAGCUGAGCUCCAGAUAUCUUGCCGGGGCUACCUCUAGGGAUCCGUUGGAUGUUCAGAAAACGAAAUUCAAUCGACUGAUGGUCUCUAGUGUCAGCCAGGCGGAUACCGAGAAGGCUCAGUCUCUGUUGCCGCAGCAUAUCAGGGCGCGUGUUCAAGUGGUGCCCAUGAAGACGAUGAAUUCUUAUUUGAAUAUCUACACGCAAGGAGAUUGGAUUCUGCACUUCUCAGGCGUUAGUGAUAAGCAUUCGGCUACUGCCAA